AUGGGCACUCUUACUUACUUCUUGGGAUUACAGAUUGUCUAUGGUUCUAAUGCGGAUUUAUUUGUUCAUCAAACAAUGUAUUGCAAGGAUCUGCUUAAGAGGGCUGGGAUGGAGGCUUGUAAACCUUCAGUGACUCCAUGUAAACCUCAUUCGUCUGUUUUAAAGAAUAAAGGCUCCUUACUUACAGAUCCUACUCAGUUUCGCAGCAUAGCUGGAGCUCUACAAUAUCUGACUUUAACGCAUCCUGAUAUUGAAUUUGCAAUAAAUAGUGUGUGUCAAUUCAUGCAAGCUCUGACUGAUGUUCAUAUGGGAUUGGUAAAACCAUCUACUUCUUUAAUUGGCUACUGUGACGCAGAUUGGGUAGGAGACCCUAAUUCUCGUCGAUCUACCUUAAGAUAUGUGGUGUUUCUUGGAAAUAAUCCUGUUUCUUGGUCUUCUCUCAAGCAAUCAUCAUUUUCUCGUAGUUCCACUGAAGUAGAAUACCGUGCAUUAGCUAAUUGUGCAGCUGAUAUUGCUUGGACUCGACAUAUUCUUCAAGACUUGCAUGUCUUUUUUCCUAAGGCACCUACACUCUAUAGUGACAACCUAUCUGCUCUUGCCUUGAGUAGUAAUCCCGUUUUCCAUUCCCAAAUCAAGCAUUUAGAGCUUGAUUUUCACUUCAUCAGAGAGCAAGUUCAACGCAGAGAUCUUGUAGUUCAAUACGUUCAGACUGAAGAACAAAUUGCAGACAUUUUUACCAAAGGUCUUCACAGUCCCUUGUUUCUCAAACACUGUCACAAUAUCAGCCUUGGCUUAAGCCCAACUGCUAUUGAGGGGGGCUAA